AUGGUUCAUAAAGCAAUUGUAACAGAGCAAAAAUGGUACAAGGAGAGUCCAAUUGGAGGUCCAUGUGGACGAUACGGUCAUAGAUGCGUCGUGUACGAAGAUACCAUGUACCUCAACGGAGGUUACAACGGAAAGGAACGAAUGAAGGACACAUUUGCCUUUAAUUUAGAAAAGAGAGUGUGGCGAGAAAUUGAAAACAAAGGAGAAGUGCCUUCGGAACGAGAUUGCCAUUCAGCAGUACUGUACAAACACUACAUGGUCAUCUUUGGUGGUGGUGAUGGAUUUAACUGGCUCAAUGAUAUGUACAUGUUUGAUAUCAAGACAGAAACUUGGAAAAAGGUAGACCCAAAAGGACAAGUGCCCAGUGGAAGAGCAGGACAUUCAGCCAAUGUAUACAAAGACAAGAUGUUCGUCUUUGGAGGCUGGAAUGGACGACGAACCCUUAAUUGCCUUUAUUGUUUCGAUUUUAUCACUGGAUACUGGACAAGAGUUGAAACUCAAGGCUUACCUCCUCAAAGCAGAGAUUCUCAUACCUGCAAUUUGGUUGGUGAUAAACUAAUUGUGAUUGGUGGAGGAGAUGGAAAGCAAAGGCUUAAUGAUUUACACGAAUAUGAUAUACCUACCAACAGAUGGAGAAAACUGUCGUAUAUUGGUGAAGUGAACGCUGGACGAGCUGGUCAUGUGAGUGUAGUAUUCGACCAAAAGAUUUACAUUUUCGCAGGUGGAGAUGGUUCGAAUUGGCUCACCGAUGUCUAUGAAUGUGAUACCACUUGUAUGAAAUGGACGCUCAUUGAAACCAUCGGAGGUUGCAACGAAGCUAAUACUGCACCAGGUUGCUAUGGUCUAUCAGCUGUAUUAUACAAAACAAGUAUGGUCAUUUUCGGAGGUGGCGAUGGUAAAUCGUGGCACAAUAAGAUUUAUGAAUUCAAGCUGGGCGACGAACGAAGAAAGAGAGAAACCAAAAAGAAUCUCUUCCAUGAAUGCCUCAACAAUAACCUCACAGACAUUGGAUUUGUGUUUGGUGAUGAGAUCCCUUCGAACAUGUAUGCUUCAAUGCUUUGCAAGAAGUUAGAAGAGGCUAGCCCAGAAUUUAAACAGCCAAAGAAAGCUCUCAAAGAACCAUCAGUAUCUUCGCUCCUUAGUACAAGCACCGUUUCGCGAGGCUCUAUGGAUUUGAAUUCGAUUAACUUUAGAGACUUCUUGGACUUUGAAGAGGCCUUACACAAUUCGAUGAUGGAUGAAAGCGAUCUCUAA